CUGAUUCAGAUUUCUGGAGCAUUUGAAUAUCCUGGGGGAGUGCCGGCUAGCUUGGCGACUGAUAGCAGGGAGCAGUGGGAUUUCCCAAAUGGCUUUCCUCCUCUGAUCCAUAUGAUUAUUGAAGGUCUUCGCAAGUCACAAAAUGCUGCGAUGCAAAAUCAAGCUUAUCGUUUAGCGAGAAAAUGGGUAAUGAGUAAUUAUCGUGUUUAUAAAGAAACAAAAAAAAUGUGGGAAAAGUACGAUGUAAGUGGUAGUUAUCCUCAUCCUGGAAUUGGAGGAGAAUAUGAAGUACAGGAUGGAUUUGGUUGGACUAAUGGGGUGAUUUUGGAUUUGCUUACAAAAUACAAGGAUGAAAUGAAAAUUGUGGACUACACUCAAUUACAGCAUUCACCUUUCCGACCGCAUGACGAGAACGCAGCAUUGCGACGCUUUCGAAGAUUAGCCAAUUAUUGA